UGCGCCGCAGUAUUGGUCGAUCCCGCUUCGCCAACGGCUAACGGCAACGAUCAGAACAUUUUGCUUCAACCAUUAUUAUAUUAUACCAUCGAGCACGUUCGUACAUGUCCGUUCGUUAAUAAUUAUAAUAGUUAACAAUUUGUAAAAAUAUUUGUUUUAAAUAAUAACAGCAACCAGGAUUUAAAAUAACCGCGGAUCUAGUUAUUUUAAAAUAGUAAUGUGCAAUUAAGUGUCGAUUAAUAACUAAAAAAUAGUGACGCGGUAAGCUACAUUUUUUAAGCUCUUCAAGUCUAGCUGCCGUCUCUGUCUACCACCAGCGAGUGUAAGAGAGGAACAAGGACCGAGGUCCGUCGCUGGAGUCGGCUAGAGUGAGACACCCAGUGCAAUAGGAGGGAACGAGAGGUAUCGUAACAGCGUCAGUACUGCGAAAAGCAUCAGCUAAAGCAGGAGGAAGCAAGCAACCAAGUAGCAGCAGCAGCGUCGCCGUACCGAGUUUUAAGCGAAUAUAAUACACGCUCAAUUCUUCCCACCGUGCGCGAUCAGGACCGGGUUACUUGGGAGUUGAAAUAAUCAGCGCGUAGAUAAACGCCCUCGUCGACAGUCAGUUUAAAAUCGAUGAAAGUAAUACGUUAUUGUUGACAAUAGUGCAGAGGAAAAUGAUUACCCAGGAACUGAGGAGGACUAUAGACACAACUUAACUGGCAGAGUAUCAGAGUGCGUGGUAGUGUGUUAAGUGGGCUGUAAAAUAAAAUAAAAGUUUUUAAGUAAGUGAAUCAGCAGUAGCAGUAGCAGCAGCAGUGAGGAAGAAUAAUAAGAUUGGGAGGGCACACGAGGGUAGAGAGAGUAAUGGAUGAAUGGGAGUAAGCACGGCGCCUGAACAGCACAGGCGCGGGUUUAGGUACCGGUGGGAGCCUCUGGAUGUCGAGGCAGUGGCACCAGCUGCGUCAGUGGCAGUGAUGGCCCCUGCUCUGACGGAAGGUGGUCCUCAAAAGCCUGCCGAUUUAAUAAACCCUUUACCGGCUAGUGGAUUUUUAUCUUCGGAGCAGGCUGCGCAGUUUUUUAAAAUUCAGGUCUGCCAGAAUCGUGAGGUCUUGGCGAAAUUCGUAGUGUCAGCGAACGUUCAGCCGAGCAAGAUUGACGAGCAGUGCCUGCGCGGCAUAUCCAAAGAUCUGAUACGCGAUGUCAUUAAUUCACAGUACGUUAGUAAAUUUGGAAGCCUGUCGAUGUUUACCAAUGGUACUGACUUGAUAGCACCGCGUGAUAACAACAAAGAUUACAACGACGACCAGAAAAUUAAGUUUACCGAAUUGGAGGAGGAGGAGGAGGAGGAGGCGGCAGCGGAGGAAGAAGAAGGAGGAAGAGGAAGAAGAAGAGGGAGAACGACGGAGAAAAGUCACGUGGCCAAGAAGCAGCAGCACUCGGUGAUGCCGAACUGCAACCAACCCAAGAAGAUUGACAUUAUAAUGAGUGAUCCUUCUUCUACUGCUGCUAGUGCUGCUGAUGACGCAAAUAUUGAUGCUAAUCCUGGUACUCAUCAGACCGACGAGCAAAUGGGGUUUUUAAAAGCAAACGAUGCCGACGUCUCGAUGGUUGUCGACGACGAACUACCUGCAGACGUCAAGGACCUCGAUAUGACGCGGAUGAUGGAGCUGAAUACCGAGCUGCCGGUGAACGUUGUCGGUGACAUUGGCAAUGAUGUUGGUGACAUCGGGCAUCAUGUCGAUGACAUUCUUCAGGUUAUCAAGUCGAUGGAGGGCGCCGACCAGUCCAUCGAAGACGCCGGGGACGCAAUCAUACCCACCGGGUCUAGUGAAACCGGAGUCCCCUGUCCUGAGAUAUUCCCCAUCUCCGAGACAGCUCUCGCGUCGUUCAGCAGCGAAAUAUUCACCGAAGAAGUUAUGAAUCUCGUCAACGACAACAUUGGCAUGAAUUUAAAUAUGAACAUCGUCGAGUCUACUGAGGGUCCACGCACCAUCAACCUCCAGGUGCAGCAGGAUACCGUUGAGCACAGGCAGUACGAGUUGGAAAGACGAUCGGCCUUUUUACUGAGACGUCUACGCAAACUCCAGACCAAGUUCGUCGGGCGUCAUGCUGCUGAAGAGACGAUCGGUGUUUUGGAGCAGGCUCACCACAGCGUUAAAAAAUAUUUCCAACAGGAGUUGUCGGCCUUGGCACCCAAAGGCACCCAACUUAAAAACUUUCCCGAAAUCGGCGGGACUCUCAACUCGUUUAUACAAAAAAUAGAAAAGUCUUAUUCCGCACAGAGCAACAGUGUCAGCCGUCAACGUAGUUACUGUCGAUACUUUGGAGGCGGCUCGCGUGAUAAUGCUUCUAGUAUUAGUGUAGUAGGUGGUAGCGGUGUCAGUGGUACUGGUGUUAAUAGUAGUGUUGGUGGUAGUGGUAUCGGUAGCGCCAGUGGCUCUAAUACAAGACAUCCAUUGUUCGGCACAGCCCAAGUUACUGUUGAUAAAGACGAAGUGGAAAAUGUCGCCGGUUCUCUGGCCACUCAGCUCCAUACAAUCGAAACAAACUUCGAUUCCGACUGCACCGUUUCCAGCAGCGGUGGUGAGAGCUGCGAUGAAAUGCAGACAUUUAAUAAUCCCCAUCAGCAGCAGUUACCCAUAUGUAAAAGAGCGUCGUGGAGAUAUUCCCAGGACCGGGCGGGAAUAGCGUCGAGGUGGACGUGGUUGAAUGCACAAAUAUCUGAUCUCGAGUACCGCAUCCGGCAGCACAAUGACUUGCAGCGGCAGGUCAGGGCGAACAAGGGUCAGGUGGUGCUGGAAGGCGCUGAGACAGUCAAUGGGUAUAGUGGCGUGCUGCCGGGUGCGUUGAACCGUUACAAUUUACCUGAGGCCGAGCAACAAUCGGCGAGGACACGGCCCUUUGUCUCGGAGAGCUACAGGAAACGUAAACUGUUGCGCAUUGAUGGCCUGCAUGAGCUAUCUAAGCGCGCGGCGAGACCCUCUACGGUGAGGUGCGACUGCGAGCACGUGUUAGCUCCAUGCGCACUCUGCACUGGUCGGGUCGAUCCGAUGCAGCCUCAGGAACCCUUCGAUCAGCUCUCGGUUUCCGAGAGAAUCGCCAUGGUGGAUCCUUGCUAUCAUCCGGUUCUUUCAUUCCCCGAUGAGGUUCAGCACAGCACCCACUUGGAUGCCAUCAUGAAGACGACGGAUUGGCAGCAGAAAAUGCUGAGGGGCAGCACCAGGAUACCCAGGAUCAAAGACAAGGAUACGAUUGAGAGGAGAAAUAAAACGAAAUUAUCACCUGAUCAUCCUAAGCCCAAUAAAUAUAAUACCCAGAGAAUUAAGAAGAACUCCUCGGCGACGGCGAUGUCCGCGAAGAUAAAGAAGAAGAUGUUGAAGGGCAAACGUGAGAGACUGAGCAACAGUGGCACUGCUGGUGGUAAUACAGGGCCAGGAGGUAAAAAUUCAACUGGAUUGAGUAGGAAAAAAGUUAAUAAAUUGUCCCAACACAAUGACGAUGAGGAUGACGUUAGUGCGCAAUCGAGUUCUAGCAAACAUUCCUCUCCAGUGCCUUCACCUUUGCAGCAUCAUGCUGAGAAAGUUACUGUUAAAGAAAAAACUUCUAUUUCUCAUGGUCGAACGCGACAGCAGUCUUUUGAUAUUGACAAUAUUGUCAUACCUUACAGCGUUGCAGCGGCCACUAGAGUAGAGAAACUUCCUUAUAAAGAAAUAUUAACACCAAAGUGGAGGAUUUGUGAUGAUAUUACCAAAACUGAUGUUAAAAAUGGUGUCAUGCACAGGCCUAGUCAAGACAGUGAUGUUGAAGAUGUAUCAGAUGAAACAAUAGCUCUUAGACAUGAGCGUAGUGAGCGUGAAGAAAAUAGACGAUUUAUGACUUAUAUAAAUAUGGUUCCACAAAAUCGUCUCCGUCAUAGUCGUAGGACUGAUAGUAGAGCUGACAGUGGUGCCAAUACUCCAGAUCCAAUGUCGCCGCACCCUAGCGAACUUGGAGACGUAACGUCACCACUAACAUCACCACCAGCGACGCCGAUGAGCGCUCAUGACACCGAGCAUCAUAACACACUAGACAGUCAUAGAAAUUCUUCGUUACAAUACGCAAUACGUAGACGCACAAUAUCGUCUAUAAGAACGGGCAAAGAAGAAAUCAGUUGUUCGAAUGUUGAAGAUGAUAAUGAGGUUUUACCAUAUGACCCUAGAAUAUUUCCAUUAACGGAAGAAGUUUAUGAUAAAAUGAUCCAAAGUAUGCCCGAUGGACAUUGGCAGUCAACGACGUCCGCUUUGUGUCCACGGGUGACGGAUAAAGAACCCGAUGAUGAUAUAGAUCCAGCGUCGCCGGGAUCAGAUACAACAGAGUCAGCAUAUUGUGAUGCUGAUGGUGAAGAUCCAAAUGAUCCCGAGUGGACAGUUGGGGAUGAGAGAGAUAAUGAAAAAGAAAGAAUACGCUUAACGACCAAGAGAUAGGGGAUGUUAAUAAUAAUUAAUAUUAUAAUUAUCAUUAAUACUUAUCGUGAUUAAUUGUCUUAUGUUUAAUUUAGAGAGGAGAGAAAAAAAGAAAAGAAGAAAAGCGUUACUAUAUAUUUAAAAUUUAUAAGUAUAAAUAAAGUAAUUUAAUAAAUAGUAACAAAAAAAAAAGAAAAAAUUGAAAAUAAAAUUUAAAAAAAUUGGAUACCUGUCAAUUGUUAUAUAAUGUCUAGGCAAAAAAAAAAGUAAUUAAAAAAAAUGUGACAUGCACCUUAAGUUAGUAUUAAUAUGUAAAGUGUAUUAUAAAUAUAAAUUUUAUAACUUCAUUUAAUCGCUUAAAUUAAUAAGAGAGAAGGGAGGAUCAAAUAAUUAAAUUUAAAUUUAAAUGUUUAAGUAUAUAUAAAUAAAAUUAUAAAUAUUAAUAUUAAUAAUUAUAAUGAUAAUAUGCCGUGUGCUUAUUUUUCUUGUCGUAAUGUGUUAAAACGAAUAAUAAUAAUAAUAUUAAUUAAUAAUUUUAAAACAAUUAAUUGAAUAAUUAAAUUAAAAUAAUAGUGAACAAUAUGAGUUUGAAUGUAGCCGACAGUUGUUAAUUUAAAAAAAUGUGGAUUUAAUAAAAUUUUUUAAAAUUCACUUUUAUAUAAUUUGAAAAUCAGUAUGUGCAUUUUUUUUAUUUUCAUAUUUUUAAUUGUUUAAUUCAAAAUUUUUUUCACAUCUGCUACAUUCACAUUCAUUGAACAAUUGCUAUUUGUGUAAAGAAAAAAAAAUACCAAUGUUUACAUUUAUGAUAUUGACAUUAAAAAAAAAAAAACGGUCCUGUCUUUUUUCAUUAUAUAUAAUUAAUACUAUUGCGCUUAGAGAACACUCACUAUCGUACACAUUAUUAUUAUUAUUAUUAAUAUUAAUACUAUUAUUAUUAUUAUUAUUAGUACUAGUUAUUAUAAAAAAAAACAAUUGCAUUAUUUUAUUAUUAUUAUUAUUAUUUUACACUGUUUUAUUAUUUGAAUUAAUUAUUACCCACUUUAACGUAUAUAUAUUUUUAAUUAUUUACUAUUUAAAAAAUACUGAAAAAAGUUGCGGUCAAUGAAUUGUUCUCAAAGCGUAUUUAUAAUUAUUAUUAUUAUUAUUAUUAUGAUGAUUAUGAUUAUUAGAAUCUCAGUCAUUAAAUAUAUUGUUUUUUUCUUUUCAUUGCCUUUUUUUAUUGUACAAAAAUGUAAUUUAUAUAUUUCGGAUAAUACAUAAUUUAGAAUAAAAAUUAAAACAAAAAAGUGCCAAAUUAAUUGUUGUUCUUUUU